AUGCCUCGUCAUUCCAAAAACAACACGGCAUCCAGCGUCUUCACUUAUCAUGAGACUAAAUCGCUUGAUUACGGCACGAAAAAGCAACGCAUCGGCCGCGAUUCUUUCCGAGAGUACAAUGCCUGCUUUCUUUGUUUACAAACUGCUCGUGAUCCGGUAGCAUGUCCAGAGGGGCAUCUUGCUUGUCGUGAAUGCAUGUACGAGUCGAUCCUGCAGCAAAAGCAAAACAUCAAGCGAGAACAGCGGCUCAUGGAGCAAAAAGUGCGUGAUCUAGAGAAUCUCAAGGCUCGAGAAACCGAGGAGGCCAAGCAAGCAUUGUUGGAUGAUUUUGAAAAGACACAAACGAGUAUGCUUGGUCGUCGUGCACCACGUGCAGCAGCAACAACAACAACAUCGACGUCUACAACCGAGAAUAGCAUAAAUUCAUCACCAUCGUCAGCUCAGAAGAAUGGCACUGAGAGUGGCUCUGGCAACACAACACCAUCUGCAGGCACCAAACGAAAGUUCGAAUUGACCGAGGAUGCUGUGAAGGAAGCGGCUGAUAAGGAAUUGGACAAGGCAUCCAAGCGUCUUGCUGAAGAAAAGGCACGAGCAUCCGCUCCCAAAUUAUCAAGCUUUUGGCUGCCAUCCUUGACCCCUGAAGCCGAGAAGCAAUUGAAGGAUGAAAUCAAACCCAUCUCAACGCAAACCAUGUGCUUAGCAACCAAAACGCCCCAUCCUGUCAGCUUGAAGUCAUUGAUCGAAGUCAAGUUUCAGCAAGAAGAGGGCAACAAGAGUAAAUGUCAGUGUCCAGCAUGUCUCAAGACAUUGAACAACUCUGUGAAGUUCUCAGUAAUGCGUAAUUGUGGACAUGUCAUAUGCAACACGUGUGUGGAUAUGUUUGUCAAGAAAUCCAAGAGGUGUUAUGUAUGCGAGAAGAAAACCAAAUCCAAAGACAUUGUUGAUAUGAGUGCAGAAGGAACCGGAUUCGCUAGUGGAAGUAGUAUGGCUAUGGCUACAAAGUGGGAUGUUGCAUUUCAAUAA